AUGGAUGAAAUACAAGAAGGUCAAUUUUAUGAUAUUCCUAUAUUUUCGGAAUCCAACAAUAUAAAUUCGGAAAUUUAUGAUACAAUUUUAAAAGAAGACAACGGAACUUCAAAAAAAGACUCAGUUUUAAGUGAAAUGACAAAUGACGAGGAAAAUGACGAGGAAAAUGAUGAAGAAAAUGAUGAAGAGAAUGAUGAAGAAAAUGACGAAGAAAAUGAUGAAGAAAAUGAUGAAGAAAAUGAUGAAGAAAAUGAUGAAGAGAAUGACGAAGAAAAUGAUGAAGGAGAUGAAAUUAUUGAAAAUGUGAAUUUAGACAAAGAGGAAGAAGAAAUAAAUUUUGAGCAACUACAAACAGAAUACCAAAGCAAUUACAAAAUAUUAGAUGAUGAAAAAUAUAAUGUAGAAAUAAAUAAAGAAUUGUGUAUAAGUAAAAAAAAUAAUCAAGAUAUUAAUCCCAGCUAUCAGGCUAAUUGCCAUUGUGAAAAAAUGAAAGUGGAAAAGGAAGAUAUACUAAUAGAUAUAUAUAAAAAUACAGUGGAACAUAAAAAAACAAAUUUCUUAUGUUUAGAAGAAAUAUUGAAAAAAUUAACAUUAAUUUUGAAGAGACAAAACGAAAUAAAUAAAUUUUGUAUUUCGAAUAAAUCUGACAGAAAACUAUUACUUCAAAAUAUGCGCGAAAUAAAAAAAAAAAUCGGAGACAAAGGAUUUAAUUCGCUAGCUAACAAAGAUUUGGGUAUAUAUUAUAUAAAGAAUGUUAAGGAAAGUGAACCCCAAAUUAUAAAUAAUUUAUACAAAAAUAAAUGUCUAGAAUUAGAUUAUAAAAAUGAAAAAUAUAUGAACCAGAAUAAUAAAAAAAUGAAAGAAAGAAAUAACGAUAUUUAUUUAUUUUUAGUAUAUUUAAAUCAGUUAGAAAAAAGUUCUUGGAAAUUUAUUAAUUUUUGUAGAAAUGCUUCUUUUCUAAAACCUGGUGAUCUAAACAACGUUGGGAAUUUACAAGAGAAAAAUAUACGUUCAUUUCUUUUCGACCCCAAAUCAAUAAAGCUAACUAGAGAUCUCGAAAAAAUUGUAGCAAAAAUAAAAAGAAAUUGUUCUUAA